GUUGCAGUCAUGUGAUGGGCCUGCAUCGUGAUAGAAUGCCAACAUUGAACUGUUGAAAGAGCGACGUUUCCUUUUUAAUAACAAUAACAAUAACAAAAAAUAGAAAGCAUCGUGCACUAUGAUUCAGAGUACCUUACUUAGGUAAUGUGCUGUGUCAUAUCAGUUUCCUGUUUUUUUCAUUUAUUUUUCUAGUUUUGCCACUUAGAAAUAUAUAUACGGCCUGACCCAGCAUAGUGGACCCCUGACUGGACGCCAAUGGUCUCAGUAAGUGACAAAGACGUGCUGACCGAUGGCAAUGACUCGCUGAGGACAUUGGCAAAACUGCCACUGGCAUGUACCUACAAGAGUGCUGUGCUACCCUUUAAGGAGAAUGGCCUGGCAGCUCUGGCCUUUUCAGAGGGAGGGGAGAGUGAGUGUAGUGAGGGGUCCAGCUCAGGCUCCUGUCUCAGCCCUGUGUCCCAGGACACGAGGUCCAGCUCUAGCCCCGGCCCGGGAGAGGAUGGGAGCCUCCUGCGCCUCUAUCUCAUGUCCACGGUGGGUGGCGAGGAGAGAGUCAGCGGCAGCCAGACGCCCAGACUGCCAGACUUCAGAUCCAGGCUCCCCACCAACUUCUCCCCUACCCUGGAGGAGAUAGAGGAGUUCCUGAGGGAAAAGAUGGAGCAGGUCAACAAAGACGGUCUUUUGGACCCAGAUGACCAACCGGAAGCCAGCCCCCCCGACCCCAUGGUUCCCGCCCUGUCCAGCAAACUUGAUUCGUUGGAAGCCAGUUCUGUCCCAGAGGCCCCUGCUUCAGAGAGUGCAGCCCCGCCCGCUACCUCGGCAACCCAAGUCCUCGUGGGACCCUCAAUGGUGCUUCAGAUUCAGCCCCUCCAGCUGAGCCCCCCGCCCCCUCAGCCUGCCCCUCAGAGCAGCAGCAGUGGCGGGUUCAGGCUGGCGCACCUGGUGCUGGGUGUUGGCGGGAGCCAGAACUUUGCCUUGCUGCCACAGGUGUCCCCCGCCACUCUCUUGCCGUUGGUUGGUGAGGCUGGCAGCCAGGACCAAAAGUACGUGAAGAUCGCGCCUCUGCCCAUCACGGUGCGGACGCUGGGGGUGCCCGGCGGAGGAAGCGGGGGCCUCGUCAAAGCCGUCCCGCUGCGGGCCGCCAAAUCGCCAUCAGAGACGCAGCGCAUACACAAAUGCUCCCACCCAGGCUGUGAGAAGAUGUACACCAAGAGCAGCCACCUGAAGGCCCACUUCCGCAGGCACACGGGGGAGAAGCCCUACACCUGUGCCUGGCCAGACUGCGGCUGGAGGUUUUCCCGUUCCGACGAGCUCUCCCGCCACCGCCGUUCCCACUCGGGAGUCAAGCCCUACAUGUGCCCCAUGUGCGACAAGAAGUUUGCUCGGAGCGACCACCUGUCAAAACACACCAAGGUGCACCGGAGCCCCAGGGCUGGCAGGCUAGUCCGGGCCAGCUGCUGACCCCCCGGCCUCUGCCUGGCCACAGAGCACUACCAACGCAAACAUUUCUGAGGGGCUUUCUGAGUAUCUUCAGUGCCUCCAUUUCACCCAAGAGCAGAUUGUCCAGUUCUUUUGUGCUAUUCUUGGUGCUUUGGCAUGCCUGCUCCUGCCUGUUAUUAGCUAGGGCAGGGCAGGGCAGUCAUUCUCUCUGGACCCAGGUAUGUGAAUGGCUACAUCUAACAGCUGUUUGUUUUGGCCAUUGUAAUGCGGAGAUGAGACCUCUUGCUCGUAUAAGGGGUGUAGGUUGUUGUCCCUUCAACAAGUUCAGUAAUCUCUACAUUAUGUGAAUGUAGCAAUUCAAGUCUUUGUGCUAAUUUAGUUCACUAUCCUGUCAGUUGUAAUGUCCUGAAGCAUACACAAAGCUUGAGUAAAAAGCUAUGCAUUUAUACUUGAAAAAGGCAGCUGAUUGUCUCCUUUUGAUAUGAAGCUAUCCAUUGUUAUUUUACCAAGUAUAAAGCUAUUUCAAACAAACUUUUCAAAGGCCUUACUUGGCUAUGGCUCAGACAAACCAGUCUUUUCCCCCUUAACUUUGAUUGACAAUUUCAUGCUGUUUCACUAAUAAUGUGCUUUAUGAAUGAAAAAGCCAAAACCUGUAACUCAUGGUGAAGGACUAGGAGCAUUUUGGUAAGACUUACUCUGAUCCCAUGCCAGAACGACAGCACACAAAAAAGAAAAUAUAAGUUUUUCCUAAAGGGAAUAAUAUGUGUCUAACACACAGAAUGUGUUUGAAUUGUAUGCGCUUAUCACUAUUUUUAGGUCAUUCUAAAAACUCCUGAGAAAAUAGAAUCAACAUUAUGUAUAUAACAAUUCUUUCUUGAGGGUGGGGUUGGGUUUGGGGUUUGUUGUUGUUUUUUUUAGUCGACUGCAGGUUUUGGAAUCCACAAUAUAUUGCCAUUUUAAGCUGCAAAUUGCCAUAAAAAAAAAAAAGCUGGAUUUCAACUUCAAAGAAAGUGGUGAUAAUACCAGUUAAUGGCAGUUAGUUUCCAGGUCACGUCAGUAUCAUGUACUUCAUGCACAGACAAAGUGUAUUAUCACUGUAUUGUCACAGAACAAAAUAGGGGUUCCAUUGUUCUCUUGGACCGUCCUCCAUUUUAAAGAUGCCAUUUUUUCUAGAGAAAUUGCAUACCCCAACCACAACAGAACUGUGUAUGGUUUUUUCCAUUAAAAAAAAAAAAAAUGGCUUUGUCACUUUGGGUUGCACACGUCAAUGCAUAACAUUGCCUUUACAAAAAACAUGAAUUGUCUUUUUCAACAGCAAAGCCAUCCAAAAUAUCACCAUAAUGAAAUAUAGGUUAUAUAUUUUUGAAUAACAGAAACAAAUACUAUUUUCCUAUGUACAUGAUGGUAAAUGACAAUAAACCAAACAUUGAAAUUA